AUGUCAACUACUCCUCCUAACGUGUCAACUACUCCUCCUAACGUGUCAACUACUCCUCCUAACGUGUCAACUACUCCUCCUAACGUGUCAACUACUCCUCCUAACAUGUCAACUACUCCUCCUGACGUGUCCCCGCACACUGCUCCUCCUAACAUGUCAACUACUCCUCCUAACAUGUCAACUACUCCUCCUAACGUGUCAACUACUCCUCCUAACGUGUCAACUACUCCUCCUAACGUGUCAACUACUCCUCCUAACAUGUCAACUACUCCUCCUAACGUGUCAACUACUCCUACUGACGUGUCCCCGCGCACCGCUCCUCCUGACGUGUCCCCGCGCACCGCUCCUCCUGACGUGUCCCCGCGCACCGCUCCUCCUGACGUGUCCCCGCGCACCGCUUCUCCUGACGUGUCCCCGCGCAACGCUCCUCUGACGUGUCCCCCGCGCACCGCUCCUCCUGACGUGUCUCCGCGCACCGCUCCUCCUGACGUGUCCCCGCGCACCGCUCCUCCUGACGUGUCCCUGCGCACCGCUCCUCCUGACGUGUACCCGCACACUGCUCCUCCUAACGUGUCAACUACUCCUCCUAACGUGUCAACUACUCCUCCUAACAUGUCAACUACUCCUCCUGACGUGUCCCCGCCCACCGCUCCUCCUGACGUGUCCCCGCGCACCGCUCCUCCUGACGUGUCCCCGCGCACCGCUCCUCCUGACGUGUCCCCGCGCACCGCUCCUCCUGACGUGUCCCCGCGCACCGCUCCUCCUGACGUGUCGCCGCGCACCGCUCCUCCUGACGUGUCGCCGCGCACCGCUCCUCCUGACGUGUCGCCGCGCACCGCUCCUCCUGACGUGUCGCCGCGCCCCGCUCCUCCUGACGUGUCCCCGCGCACCGCUCCUCCUGACGUGUCCCCGCGCACCGCUCCUCCUGACGUGUCGCCGCGCACCGCUCCUCCUGACGUGUCGCCGCGCACCGCUCCUCCUGACGUGUCGCCGCGCACCGCUCCUCCUGACGUGUCGCCGCGCACCGCUCCUCCUGACGUGUCGCCGCGCACCGCUCCUCCUGACGUGUCGCCGCGCACCGCUCCUCCUGACGUGUCGCCGCGCACCGCUCCUCCUGACGUGUCGCCGCGCACCGCUCCUCCUGACGUGUCGCCGCGCACCGCUCCUCCUGACGUGUCGCCGCGCACCGCUCCUCCUGACGUGUCGCCGCGCCCCGCUCCUCCUGACGUGUCGCCGCGCACCGCUCCUCCUGACGUGUCGCCGCGCACCGCUCCUCCUGACGUGUCCUCGCACACUGCUCCUCCUAACAUGUCAACUACUCCUCCUAACAUGUCAACUACUCCUCCUAACAUGUCAACUACUCCUCCUAACAUGUCAUCUACUCCUCCUAACGUGCCCCCGCGCACCGCUCCUCCUGACGUGUCCCCGCACCCCGCUCCUCCUGACGUGUCCCCGCACCCCGCUCCUCCUGACGUGCCCCCGCGCACCGCUCCUCCUGACGUGUCCCCGCGCACCGCUCCUCCUGACGUGCCCCCGCGCACCGCUCCUCCUGACGUGCCCCCGCGCACCGCUCCUCCUGACGUGCCCCCGCGCACCGCUCCUCCUGACGUGUCCCCGGCACCGCUCCUCUGA